GUCCUAAACAAACCCGCUGGUGGCUGUGUGCAGGGAAUGCGACUGACGGCCGGUAUUUCUGUCUUUGCUAGGAACCGAGCCCAACGCAGAAAAUGUGGACAGAUGAAGAAACAGAAGAUGAGGGCACAGGAGAAGGAUUUAAAGAUGAAGAAACGCUGUUUCCGAAAUCUGUGGAUGAUUUUGGGUUCAACUCUGACUCAAGCUGGGAUGGCGAUGAGGCUGAUCUGGCUGUAGAUUUCGACGUCAUUAAGAAGAUGAGCUGUGCUGAGAGAUCACGGAUGUUCAAGCUGCGCACAAACUUGGACCAGCUGGACUCCUUACACAAACAGAAGGAGUAUGAGGUCCUGAAAGCCAGGGAGGAACUAAAAGCAUGCCAGCUGCGCGUCGCAGAGCUGGAGAAACAGCGAGUCGACGUGGAAGAAGAAAUCAGCAAGCAGGAAAAAGCAGAGAAUACAGCGGCAUUGUUUCGCCUGCGGGCACUGCAGAGACGGCUUUGCGUGGAGCUGCAAGGGGAGGAGGACCUUGAGUCGCAGAUUGAACUUGUGCUGGGAGAAAAUGAAUAUGAGCUGUGCCAGGUCGAGGUGGAGCAGGGCAGAUUCUCUUCCCUUCGUCGUGAGGUCCAGAGGGACGAGGAAGAGAGCGAGACACAGCGAGGCUGGGAGGCCAAUCAGAGGCUUCAGAAGGAAGAGGCAGCCAUGCGAAGAGCAGAACUCCGGAAACAGCUAGACAGAAAGAAACAAAUGAACUCCUUCAAGGAGCAAGAGGUGCAACAUCGAAAGGCAGUGGAAGACGCAGUGAAGAACCACAAGAAAGCUGUUCGGUUUCUGAAGGAGACAAUGAGCAGAAUUCAUCAGAAAGAAACUGAGAAAGAAUUACGAAGCCGAGAGGAGAUGGAAAGACGGACGCAAGCUGUUUUGUCACUGAAAAGCAAGAUCACAGCUACCAAAGAAAAUAUUUGUGCUAUGCAGGCCCGUGAUCAAGCAAAAGCUGCAGUGCAGAAGGAAGAGGAGAGACGGAUCAGAGAGUCAGUGAGGAGAGAAGGAGGGGACGUCACCAAAUACAUGUACCAACAAAAGCGGCUGCAGGAGUUUGAGAGACAGAAACAGGCGUUCGAGGAGCAGAAAAAGUCCCGCAAGGUUGAAAUCCUCUCUAAAAUCCUGCAAGAAGAAGCCCAGAUGGAAAAACGCAAGAAACUCCUGCCUGAUCUUUUUCCAAAAAUGCAGAAAAGCCAGGACUUCAUGCCAGAGUCUGGGAAGCCUAGUGAUAAAUUACUGCAGUACUUAGAGAUGACUUAUGGGGAGGCAGAUGAUGAAAAUUAUAGACCCAAUUGGCGUUCCCCAUCCCCAAUGUCCGAGGAUGGUGGCCCAAUAUCAGGAAAAGGGUCAUCUGGUCCUGAUUUGUCACCUGGCUCCCAAGACUACACUGAGGAUGGAGACAGUGAAGAAGAGGCAGAAGAAAGCCUUGCUCAGCCUGAAUUCACAGGAUUAUGGGAUCAGAAGCACAAGACAUACAAGAUACCACAAGAUGAGACUCGACCCAGGCCCAUUACUACAAACAAAAUGGAGCAAGAGAUUUUAGCUCGAACUCUGGAGAAACACCGGAGUGGAAUCGUCCGAAAACAGGUUGUGGUUGGCAAGGAAUUCAAGGGAUGCCCAUUUUACAGCAAACCGGACGUCAUCCACUUCAAGGAUUUCGAGGUUGGAAAAACAUAUAAGAAGAAAAUAAUGCUGACCAACUCUACAUACACCAUCAACUUUUGCAAGCUGGUGGGAGUCAGUGAGCACCUAAGAGAUUUCAUUUAUCUCCACUUCGAUCCUCCCGGCCUGAUGUCUGCGGGAAUGGCCUGCGACUUGGGGGUGACAUUUAAACCCAUGAUAAAUGAGGAUCUAUUUGGAGAAGUGACGUUUCUGGCUCAAACCGGCCCUUUUGCAGUUCCGCUGAAAUGUACCAUCAAGAAAUGUGAACUGGCUGUCGAUAGCAGCCUCAUUGACUUUGGUACCCAUGUGGUGGGCGAGACAAUUUCACGGACCAUCACCCUGUCCAACCGAGGGGCCCUGGGAACAAAGUUCAAUCUGGUGACGUCGGCGAGCUCCAGUGCUGUCCGACUCACUCCCGAGCCCUCCCCUCUGGGACAGCCGACCCCCCGAGAUUCCCCUCAUGCUGAUGUUGUAUCAGAAGCUAAGGGAAGCACAAUGCAGGACUCAGGAGAAAGCUGUAAAGAACAGUCAGAGGGCCCUGACCAUUCCAGUGAGACACGCAACCACAAGGCAUCCAAGGAAAAAUGUGCGUCUUUAUCCUCAAGUGAGCAAACUCCCCUUGUACCAAAACAACAGAACCAAGACAUGGCUGUGGCCUCUGACCUCAUGUCAACGACCGGAAGUAGGGCGGAAUUGCUUGAGUCCAGUGCACAGGAGUUGCUGGAAACCAGUGAGAUCAAGCCUGGAGAGGUGACCGAAGGUGAACUCAAACCAUUCGGUUUUGUCAAACUUCAAAUAAUGUUUACGCCAACAAUCCCUGGAGAGGUCCAGAUGGACUUUGACAUCAAGUUUUCUGACCCAAACUCCCAGUCUAUCCCAGUCAGAGUUCGAGGAGUUGCCAUAGAUGUCCCUGUGUGGGUUUCAAAGCCAAAUGUUGACCUAAAGAUCUGCAUGUAUGAUCGCCUGUACCAGGAUAGCAUUCCUGUACACAGCAGGGUGAACACAGCUGUUCGUGCAACGUUUGAAGUGUGCAAGGAACUGAAAAACCACAUGGAACUGCUUCCAAAAUCAGGUUAUAUUCAGGCGCAGUCCACCUUCAAUGUGCAGCUCAAAUUCCUUCCCAGGCUUUCGUUGAUGGAAGAUGCUGGCGGAUACUUUGAUAAGGAGACGGGAGUUUUGGAAGUCCCCAUGACAAUACAUGUGGCAGAUCAGACCCGGCCACUUCUGUUUGCAGUCCACGCUGUUGUCACAGCUUCUGAUCUGGAGUUUGACAGAAAAGAAGUGGAUUUCGGACACUGCUCCAUCCACGAGUCGGUUCAAACCAGCGUGCACCUCACAAACAAGUCUCUUCUUCCGCAGGAGUUUGGGUUUGUCGGAAUUCCAAAGUAUGUAGAUGUUCAGCCCAAUGAUGGCUUUGGGAUCCUUCUUCCCAUGGAGACCGUUGAGAUUGACAUCAUAUUCAGUGCUAAAAAGGCAAAAGAAUACAGCUUUGAGCUCACCUGCAAGUCAGGAAUCAACAGAGAUUUCAAGUUGUCUUGCAAAGCAGUUGGAGUCCACCCUCCCCUGGAGCUGUCUCACUCUCUGGUCCAGUUUGGUGCCACGGCGGUGAAUGACAAGUCCACAGCCACCCUGUACGUGGUGAACUCCCACGCCAGCCGUAACGAGUUCACCCACCCUGUGCCACGGAUCGGCAAGGGGGAGAUUGCACCCGUGGGACCGACUUCCUUCGAGUUUGUAUAUCCAGAGGACUCAGAUAUCACCAUCACUCCAGCAGUAGGGACAGUACUACCGGGGAAGAGCUGCCUGGUCCAGGUUUGCUUCAGACCCAGUCUGUAUAAGCAGCAGAUCCAGGAGGAGGCUGUUCACAUGCUGUGUCGUGCUGAGGAGACCAGAUUACUACUGCAGGACAAGAAAGAAAAGGAGGCCACAAGUGCCAAGAAAGCCGAGAUGGAUGCAAUGAGCAAAAAGGAGCCUCCGUCUGCAUCAAAAGGGAAAAAGAAGCAAAAGCAAGCCUCCGCUAAACAAACAGCGAGCGAGAAGAACACCAGAAUGUGUGACACUCCCAGAGCAAACUCCAAUGAGAACAGAAGCCCCUUCAACCCUCCUAAACCAGGAGACAUACCACCAGAUUCAGAUAGCUUUGCUGCCGCCCAGGCUUCACUGAUCCGCUCAUUCAAAGGUUCUUUUAAGAGAUACAUCAUCCCCUGCUUUGUAGCAAGUGGAAAAUCAGCAAAUAGGAAUGAUCCAGGUCACUUGCAAUACAGGUUGACUGCCAAAUCUGCUUUCUCCCCCCCUACUAGUCCCCACAACACCCUUUACCUUGAACUGCACUGUCCUGCAGUAGUGCCCCCUCUAGUGGUGAUCUCCGACCAUGGCAGGAGCACAGUGAAUUUCAAAGAAGUGGCAGCAGGGCAGACGGUGGUAAAGAGGGUUACAGUACAGAAUAUCUCACAUGAACCUCUUGAACUGGGCUCCACCCUCCUGGAUCCCAAUGGUCCCUUCAUGUUGAUGAAUGCGCUCAGGCCUCUGCAGCCUGGAGCUACCCACACCCUGCUAGUUUCUUUUUCUCCUGCGGAGGACAAAAAGUUCUACGAGACCUUGGAGAUCCGAACUUCAAACAUGACCCUUUGCCUGAACCUCUCUGGCAUUGGGAUAUAUCCAUCAGUGACUUGUUCAGCUGAAGGAGGCAUCAUGGAUUUUGGAUAUGUUUUAGCCAAUGAGAGUUCCACAUCUGUAUUCAAGUUGCAGAACACCUCCUCCAUCCCUGUGAACUACAAUCUGAAACAGGACAGCGUGUCUGUGAAGAAGCAUAAAGACCAGCAGGGGCUCCCAUCGUUCCUAACGCCCAAUAAGGAACCACAGUCUCUAGUAGGUACUCAAAAUAACAGUGGCCUCAGCGUCUUCUGUGUGUCACCUCUAGAGGGUGCUAUCAACCCUGGGACGAGCCAGGAUAUAACCGUGACUUUCCAGCCCGACCACGAGAGUCUGUAUUACUCUGAUCGACUGAUGGUGGAGAUAGUUAAUAAGGAAGUAGCCCAUGUAAUCCACCUGAAGGGAUCGUCAAGGAUUCACACCAUGUUUGUUGACGGGGGAGACCCUCUGGAUGUUCCAAUUGAAUCCCUCGCCGAUCUGCCUGCAAAGGAAGAUCCUGAAGGAAACGAGCUAGUGGAGCUGAUGAAACCAGUCCUGCUCACCCUCAAGGCUGCCUGCAGUGAGAACACACUGACGCCUGCAGUACGGGAGCUGCAGGUCGGCUGUAUCCGAUCCACACAGCCCCUGGCUAAAAAGAACGUGGAGUUUAGUUUAGAUAAUCUAAACAGCCUCCAGCAGAAAGGCUUCAACGUGGAUCCAGGGAAGGGAGCUGUUGAUCCUGGUCAGAAAAAGUCUAUUACUGUGACUUGGGCACCACCUAGUGGCCAUGAUAUGACCCAGCCUGUCUCAAUCUCGACACAGCUUACCCUCAAAGGAGAUGUUACAGAGAUCUACAAACUAACCCUACUCGCUCUGGUAUCAUCAUGAAUGAACAGCAGACUGGGGCUGGGAAAGGCACUCACUUCCAUUUCAUUCUACGUUUCCUAAGUGCUGGAAAUAAAUGUCUUCAAACAAAUAGCACAGUUUGUACAAAAACACAUUCAUGGAUUUUUAAAAAAUUUAAAGAUUAAAAUAAAAA